AUGAGGCAGGUGCUGGUGCUUGGGAACGGCGCCGCCGGCGCAGAGAAGCAAGCGCUCGCUCUCGCCGCCAAGCUGCAAACGGCAAUCCGCAGUCUCGAUGUAUCGCAGCCUAUUGGCGUCGCCAUGGCGCGCGUGCCGUACACGAAGGCCUUUGUCCGAAUCCCACCGGCAGCCCACGUCGCCGCCGCCAGCUUGUUCCAGCGCCAUGGCCUGGGCUACGCGCCGCCACUACCAACGCAGCACGUACCCGACAUCGUCGUAGGCUGUGGCCGCUCGACGGUUGCGCUCUGUGCCGGUCUCAAGCGCGCGCACCCGUCGCUCUUCAACAUUCAGAUCCAACACCCGCGCAUCGAUAUGGCGUACUUUGAUGCUGUGCUCGCACCGCAGCACGACUUUGACGCUGGCGCCGUCUUACCGUCACAUGUCUACGCGACACCAGGCACCAUCACCGACGUUGGUCCCGACGUUCUCGAUGCGUGGGAGGGUACCGCGCCGUGGACGCAAUGGCCUGGCGCUGCUGUUGCGCUGCUCGUCGGUGGCUCGUGCCGCGGCUACACUCUCUCAAUCGACCGCGCCAAGGCUCUUGUCGCGCAGCUACAGGCGCAGUGGUCACCAACGACGUCCCUCUUUGCGACCUUCUCCAGACGCACACCAUCGUCGGUCCAAGCGUAUUUGCAGCAGGCGCUGCCGCUGGCGUUUCCCCAGCUCGUGCUCUACGACGGGAAGGGCGAGAACCCGUACGUUGGCUUUUUGAAACACGCCACCUACAUUGUGACGACCCCCGACUCGGUGUCCAUGACCACCGAAGCACUUUGCACCCAGAAGCCCGUCUAUGUGUUUGAUGCCGAACUGUGCACGGGUAAAUUUCUCCGGUUCCACGGCGCGUUGCCGACGCAGACGUGGGGGGCGCCAUUGAGUGCAGUGAAGCCGCCGCCAUUCGAGUCUCUGCCUGCUGAUGUGCGCCUCGCGCCGCUUCUCGUAAACGACCACACGAACGUUGUGGCAUUCGACCUGCCGGGUCACGGCCGCACGAGCGCAGACGUCGUCGGCGGCUACUACUACAUUGACGCCGCGGUCAUCACGGACGUCGUUGCGACGGCACUAACGCUGCUGCCGCCCGCGCGAUUUCUUCUCGCGGGACACUCGAUGGGCGCCCACAACGCACUGCACGUCGCUGCGCGAAGCGAUGCUGUUGCAGGUCUCGCCCUCUUGAACCCGAUGGUCUGCGUCCAAAGCCGCAACCAGCCGACGUUCGAGUACUGGUUUGGCGUCGUCAUGCGCCGCUGUGGUAGCAGUCCCAACUUCAUGACGCGAUGGAACCGCUCGAUUUACUUUAAUAAGAUGCGGUUCUCGCCCUCGAUUCCUGAAAUGGAGUUUGUCGCCGCCUUGUACCGAAUGACGACGGCCGACUACGCCCGCGUCGCCGCCGACGCCGACACGCUACGUCGUCAGAAAUUCCCCGUCCUCGUGGCGCUGACGGCCGACGACAAGGUCAUUGAAGUUGAGAUCGGCCACGAGCUCGCAGCGGCGCUCGGCGCGACGCACGUCACAACCUUCGAAAAGGGCGGCCACAACAUCGUCAAGACCCAAGUCGAUGGCGUCGCUGCCGCUCUCAACGAGUGGGCUAGCACCGUUGCCGAGACACACUCGCCACAGUCAACCAUUGUCGCCGCGUGAAGACAUUCAUCAACACUCGAGAGACGCAUAACAAUGUCGUAUAUAAAUUUCGUGUUCAC